UCGUACAUGAUCCCUUCUGGCUUUUAGCAAAUGUAGUCAGAUUCAAAAGUCGCAUUCGAAACCGUUUUUUAAAAAAAAACUAUCUAGCACGAGUUCCUCUUCUCAGCACAAAGACGUCAAGCAACAAAUUUAAAACCAAAGUAAACAAUAGCCAUGAUUGAUAUGGAGCCAUUAAUGGCCCUUAAUCCCCAUAUGCCAACAUGUUAUAUUUGUGGACGGCAAUAUGGACACUCUUCGCUAAAGAUACAUGAACCGCAGUGUUUAGAGAGGUGGCAUCGUGAGAACUCAGAGCUUCCACGGCAUCUGCAGCGUUCGGCUCCUGUACCACCGCAGGAUUUUCAAGCUGUGGUACCACCUAGGAGAAGUCGGGAAAAUUUUUAUCAACCGCAUGACUGUGCGCCACUUGGCCAAUCCCCCUUCCGGGAGGCAUAUUUUCCGCCUGGACAACGAGAUUUUAUUGAUGCUCCCAUCGCGCGCAGUCAUCCUGGACCUAAUCCUAUUGGCAAAGUCAGGAUUGGUUAUAUUAACGGCAGUGAAUACGGCAUGGACACGUAUGAAGUGUACAGACCCAAUGACUAUGGCAGACACAGUGCUCCAACAGUACAACAUACACGGGAAGAUCGAUAUUAUGGGCCACGACGCCAUGAGCAAUGGCACCAUGACCCUGUACCGCAAACACACCAUAUGACCCCAAGUUACAAUUACAGGGGUCCUGCAAAUAUGGAGGUUAUGCACAUGCGUCUUCCACAGGACAGAUAUGAUUACCGCUCGGUGGAGCCACCACUGUCCUAUACUGAAAGGCUACCUCCGCCAGGGCGAUUUUCAUAUCAUACGGAAGCGCAAUUGGAUCGUAUGGCUUACGACCGCUUUCAAGCCAAUUUAGUGCCGUGUCACAAUUGUGGACGGAGAUUUCGUCCCGACCUUAUACCCUCUCACACCCAAAACUGUGUGGAUCAUCCGGAAAUAUUUCUGCGGCACUAAAAUGUGUUUUAUUCAUUAUUAUAUUAAACUUUUCAUGGUUUGAUGACUUAAUAUUUUUUUACCAAUCCGAAAUGCAAAACAACUAAAAGUGCAGACGACACAAUCACGACACAGUACGUAUCACUUGUUGUCUUACCCGCCGCUUACUAUAGUGUCAAACUUCUGUCCAAAUUUAUUUUAAAACCGGUAAUUUUAGUAGUUAUUCUUUGUGCCAUUUGGUUUAGGCCCAUAAAAAUACAGUUCUUUUACUAUCAAUUUUGUAUUGUGUUCGUCCGCGCGCAGUUGAUUGACUCCAUGUUGUAUUGUACAUCUUUCUGUAUUCAGAAAAAUCAUUAUGAGCUGCGAAUCUCUUGGCAACAAACGCACCAGUGAAGAUUUCAUGUAUUAUUUACAAUGCAGUGCUUUCUUAUGUCGAAUUUCAUCCGAGUGUGAAUGAAGUCCCAAACUUUACUAACUGGAUUUUGGAAGUUUUAGAACAUUGGAAGCAGUUGUGUAGCUGUCUUUUGAAAUUUUCUACCUAACAUAAGCCAAAAUGUCAGAUACGAUCAGUAAAUACGACAAAACGGAAACAUCCAUCACUACUACAACAACUCCAAAUGUUCCUACGGGUCACGUUGCUCCUAUUCCAGCUGGGGACGAAGCAGCAAGGGUUGCUCAUGCAGAAGCCAAUAAGAACUUCUUGCGCCAUGCCGAUAUGAAGGAUGUUGCGGACGCCGAAGCCCAUCGACGACCAGAUGGCGUUUGGGAGAAGAAUGCUCAUCUUGAAAGGGAAAUUCCAGGACCGGGUGGAAGCGUUGUUACGGAAACAUAUGAUUCCACUGUACUGACCUAUCCUAAUCCACCUGCUGAAUGUGGAAAUUGCACCCAUUCCACUCACCAUUCCCAUCACUAACCGAACACUACUGUACUCUAGCUGUCACAUCUGUUUAUCUUUUCCGUAAUAGAGAAAAUGUACAGUAAUGUGUUUUGUAAAAGCAUACUGAAUUAGCGCUAUAACUGUAGGAUCAUCAUAAUAUAAGUCGCUUUUGCGAGCGGUCCCUUUAUUACCGGUCAUAAUUUAAUAGACCGAUCACAAUGAAACAGAUCUGAUCCAUGUCAAGUACAGUAAAAUAAAAGCCAGUCCGCUGCAUUUAUAUGUAGACUACGAAUGUAAUAUUAUUUGUGGUGG